AUGAUAUCGUUGAUAUCAAGUGCGUUAUUGACAUCAUUGGGAGUUAUGAGUGGUCAACAAAAUCAAAACGUAAAUCAACAGCAGGCGCAGCAGCAGCAACCUGGUGCUGCCAAUCAGAAUCAAAACCAGGCACAACAGAAUGCCGGUGGUGAUGGUGCAGCAGCUAGAGUACAAUUAGCAGCAGCUGCUGGCGCUAAUAAUCAUCAGAAUCCAGCUGCUGAGGGCAGUAUGGAAAGAGGCAGCUGUUUAUUACGUUAUGCGAGCCAAAAUUCAUUGGAUGAAAGUUCUCAGAAACACAUACAAAGACCGAAUAGUAAAGAUCGUUGUGUGGGACAAUAUCACAAUGAACUACAUACCACACGUUCCUUUGAAGCCAUGAACGAGAUGCGCAAACAAAAUCUUCUCUGCGAUGUAACCCUUAUUGCUGAAGAUAUUGAAAUACCGGCACAUAAAAUGGUCUUGGCAUCCUGCAGUCCAUAUUUUUAUGCAAUGUUUACAGGUUUCGAAGAGUCACGACAAGGACGUAUUACUUUACAGGGUGUCGAUCAUCAUGCACUCGAAUUGCUUAUUGAAUAUGUGUAUACAUCGACUGUAGAGGUUAAUGAAGAUAAUGUACAAGUUCUGCUGACAGCUGCCAAUCUUUUACAAUUGACUGAUGUACGCGAUGCAUGUUGUGAUUAUUUGCAAACACAAUUGGAUGCCAGCAAUUGUUUGGGUAUACGUGAUUUUGCCGAUAUGCACGGUUGUGUGGAUUUGGUGAAUUAUGCCGAACAAUAUAUUGAACAGCAUUUUAACGAAGUAAUUCAAUUCGAUGAAUUUCUCAAUUUAACAUCCGAACAAGUUAUCUCAUUAAUACGCAAUGAUCGCAUUUCGGUGGCCAGUGAAGAGAAAGUGUAUGAAUGUGUCAUAAAUUGGAUACGAUAUGAUCCGACCAUACGUGAACAAUACACUGCCGAUUUAAUGGAACAUGUCCGUUUGCCACUUCUGUCCAAGGAAUAUAUAGCACAAAAUGUUGAUAAAGAACCUCUAUUGGAGGGUAAUAUUGUUUGUAAAAAUCUGAUUAUUGAAGCGCUGACAUAUCAUCUAUUACCAAAUGAAAUCAAGACACAACGUACAAUGCCACGAAAACCGGUAGGAUUUCCAAAAAUUCUCCUUGUUAUUGGGGGUCAAGCACCAAAAGCCAUACGCUCGGUGGAGUGUUAUGAUCUGAGGGAGGAGAAAUGGUAUCAGGCUGCUGAAAUGCCAAAUCGUAGGUGUCGUGCCGGCUUGGCUGUCUUGGGCGACAAGGUAUAUGCCGUGGGUGGCUUUAAUGGUUCGCUACGUGUACGAACUGUUGAUGUCUAUGACCCCACCACUGACCAAUGGUCUAACAGCAGCAGCAUGGAGGCCAGACGUUCCACUCUCGGUGUUGCUGUUUUGAAUGGUUGCAUUUAUGCUGUUGGCGGCUUCGAUGGCACCACCGGCCUUUGCAGUGCCGAAGUUUAUGAUCCCAAAACUGAAGUAUGGCGUUUCAUUGCCUCCAUGUCAACAAGACGCAGCUCCGUCGGGGUUGGUGUGGUAAAUGGUCUAUUAUAUGCCGUUGGUGGUUAUGAUGGUUUUACGCGACAAUGCCUCUCCUCGGUGGAACGUUAUAAUCCAGAAAAUGAUACCUGGUAUCCGGUGGCUGAUAUGUCAGCCAGACGUAGCGGUGCCGGUGUUGGUGUUUUGAAAAAUAUUCUAUAUGCUGUGGGGGGUCAUGAUGGACCAAUGGUAAGGAAAUCGGAGGCAUAUGAUCCCGAAACAAAUCAAUGGCAUUCGGUGGCGGAUAUGUCAUUUUGUCGCCGCAAUGCUGGUGUUGUUGCCCAUGAUGGUCUACUCUAUGUUGUUGGUGGUGAUGAUGGUGAUUCGAAUUUAUCCUCCGUUGAGGUUUAUAGUCCCGAAACAGACACCUGGAGAAUUUUACCCGCCGCCAUGACCAUCGGACGCAGUUAUGCUGGUGUGUGUAUGAUAGAUAAACCCAUGUGAAUAGAAGAGCAGGGUGCAUUGGUGAGACAAGCGACUGUUAUUGCCAUUAAUGGACUCGUGGAUGAUGAGAAUAGUCAAGCUGAAGGUACGAUCGAAGGUGCAGUAGGUGUUGUACAACAACAGCAGCAGCAACAACAAGCUAACAAUCCUAAUCAGCAACUACAACAACAACAAAAUGCACAUCCUCAUUAUGAAAAUAUCUACGAAUCCAUUGAACAUUAUAACGCAGCCGCUCGUGGACUUGGUGCUGAGGCCCUUAUUGCACCAAUUAAUCCCAAUAACAACAACAAUAAUGCCAAUGCCCCUGCUGAAGAAUUAAUAGUGCCACCACCAACACCACAACAACCCCAACCACCCACAACAAUGGGAUCAUCCGGAAACUCCGACAACAAUAAUACUCAACAAAAUAAAACACGAAUGACAACGAGCAACAUUAAUUAUCGCAACGAUUUAUAUGAUCGGGCCAAUGGCAUUAAUGCAAAUGGUCCAACUGCCGGUGGAGGAGGAGGGGCAGGAGGUGGAAUAGGAGUUGGUACAACAAAUUAUGACAUACCAAGAUCUGUAAGAUCGGGUUUAGGUUUUAGACGUAACUUCCAAUUAGAUUUACAUGCAGCAAAUCCCCGUUUCAAUGCUUUUCGUUGUAAUGGUGCCUCAUGCAGUCAUUACACUGCCAACAACACUUCUUCGUCGUCGUCCUCAUCUUGCCAUCGUCAACGAAGUUUUGAUGACACCGAAUCACAGAAUUAUUACAACCUGAACUAUCAACCCUCGGUUCGUUAUGAAAAUAUUUACGAACAAAUACACGAUGAACCCAUAUAUCGUAAUACAAAUACCGGUGGAGGAGGAGGUAGCGGUGGCAGUGGUGCAUCGGCUGCUCGUGUCUAUGGCCGUCUCAAUGUCAUUGGACAUGGUAUAGGACGGAUAGAACGCCAUCUCAGCUCAUCCUGUGGUAAUAUUGAUCACUAUAAUCUCGGUGGUCACUAUGCCGUUUUGGGUCAUUCACAUUUUGGUACCGUUGGACAUAUACGCCUGAAUACUGGCUCAACCACGACAACAAAUAGUUCAAGUAUUACUUCAACAGCUAGUUGUAAUGGCGGCGGUUGUGGUACCACAGCUUCAUCCUCAGCCGCAGCCGCUGCUCAACGGGAUGCAAAUAACGUCAAAAAUAGCGCCUCAUCAUUUUUCAGUUGUUUACAUGGCGGGGAGAAUACUCAAAGUAUGAGUAACAUAUAUAAAGCAUCGGGUCAUCCGAACAGUAGUGGAGGAGGACCGACUGCUGCAAGCUCCUCGGUAGCUGGUGGAAGUGGUGGAAAUUCAAAUUUAUCAACGGGAAAUUCGGGAUUAUGUCCAAAUGUUAGUGCCACCAUUUCAAAAGAUCGUGAAAGCCGGGCCGCUUCGGCCGGACCCUUAAUCAAUCCAAAUGCCAAUAGUAACAACAACAGCAGCAACAACGAUGCAUCAACAAGUUCUUCAUCAACUCUAACACUGCGUGCUACCGGUGCCAUCCCAAAAAUAAAAAAUCUUAACAGCUCUUCGAAUGCAAAUCGCAGCAGCAAUAAUGCUGAAAAGAAUUCCAAUGCUGCAACUGCAACAGAAAAAACUGUGUCUUCCCUGAAAAAUGCUCUAACGAAAAAAUCUUCUUCAAAUUCUGCACAAAAAACUUCCGCACAACAAACGGCGUCGUCGUCUUCCACAUCAUCAACAACGACUGCAUCUUCAUCCGCCAACAAUCCGGUAAUGACUGAACAAAAUGGCUCACUAAAUCGCAUUUCAAAAUCAAGUCUACAAUGGUUGUUGGUCAAUAAAUGGUUACCGUUGUGGAUGGGCCAGGGUGCCGCUGACUGCAAGGUGAUUGAUUUUAAUUUUAUGUUCUCCAGAGAUUGUGUUGACUGUGAUGCCGCCUCGGCAGCAGCUCAAAUGUCAGCAUAUGGAACACCACGUUUGUCCGGUUUGCCACAGGAUAUUGUACGUUUCAAUGCUAGGGCGGAAAUGCAUUCAACUGCCGCGGCGGGUAUGAAUGCUGCCGCUCCCUAUAGAAGACCCUUACACAAUACCCUACAUCGUUUACGGGAAGCUGAUAAUUAUGGUACAAAUGCAACCGCGGCGACUCGGCGGUAUGAAGAUCCAUCAUAUGAAAAUGUACAUGUCCAAUGGCAAAAUGGUUUUGAAUUUGGUAGAUCGCGAGAUUAUGAUCAUUCUCUGGCGGCGACACCACCAUAUCAAUCACCCGUUACCAAUCGUGCUCCCUUGCAAAGAGCUAGAUCGGAAAGUCCAACAUUAAGCAGCCAACGUAAUAAUACACAAUCGCGACGCUUAAGAUCAAAUACCACCGCAGCACAUAAGGCAACAAAUAAUCGAGAAAAAUUUAAAGAUCCAUUUCGUAAUUAUGAAUUGAAUUCGGAAAAUAAUACAUUCAAACCAAAAUUGGCUAAAGCUGAAACACUAGAUGUUGUCGUUGGUGCGGCGCCAGCAGCCGAUAAUCAACCAAGUACAUCAAAUCAAGCAUUAAAGACAAUUGUUAAUUCACAACAAAACUCCGCAGUAGGAGUGGGAACGUCAAACGCACAACAACAGCCGCAAUUGGAUGCAGCAGCUGCAGUUGCCAUUGAAGAAAUGGAAGGUGCUGUUGGUGGCAUAGAAUCGGUUCCCAAUAUUGAAGCAAGCGGUGGUGCUGGUGGUGGUACAGAAGCAGCUGCCGUUACUGGUAUGAGUGACAACGACAAUAUGCCAACAAUGAUGAUGGCAAACAAUAAAUUAAACUCGCCAAAUACUACAACAAAUACGGAACAAAAGGACUAA